GCAUCAUUAGCAUGGUAUACACACAGUCUGAGAUCCUACAGAGGGAAGUUUAUCUUUUUGAGCGCAUCGAGUCCACCAACCGUGAGACCAUGAAACACCUAAAAGCCAUCUGCUUUUUGCGGCCUACCAAGGCGAACGUUGAAUUUCUGAUCCAGGAACUGCGCAGACCCAAGUAUGGCCUGUAUUUUGUUUAUUUCAGCAACGUGAUUAGUAAGAGUGACAUCAAGAGCCUGGCAGAGGCAGAUGAGCAAGAAGUUGUUUCUGAAGUUCAGGAAUUUUAUGGAGAUUUCAUUGCUGUGAGUCCACAUGUGUUUUCCCUCAAUCUCACUGGUUGUGCUCAGGUGAGGAGACAGUGACUCUUAUAUAACUUCCAUGUGUCAUAUAUGUGAGCAAUGACUGCAACUGAGAAU